CUGCUGGUUGGAUUGUGAGGAUCUGUUUCGUUCGGUCGCUUGUUAAUAGCCUUAUAGAUUACCAGGCCCUGUUAAUUCUGCUGCCUUUGACCCUGUCUUUGGCAUUUUUUUAAUGAUGCUCUUGUUUUAGGAUAUUUAUCAUUUACUUCUAACAUUUCAGUGUUUCUUGAAUGUGACAGUCAUUUCCCUUUUGCAUCUGCAGCGAGACAUAUCGUUACUAUGACUUGCCAUUCUGCUCACCAGAGCAUGUUACCGAAAAGACGGAAGCCCUUGGGGAAGUUCUAAAUGGUGAUCGUUUGGUCGAUGCACCGUACGAAUUAAAUUUUCUGGAGGAUCAGCAGUCAAAGUCUCUUUGUAAAAAAACCUGUCAAUAGAAGAUGUUGCAAAGUUCAGAUAUGCUGUAUCAAAGGACUAUUACUUUGAAAUGUAUUAUGAUGAUCUGCCUUUAUGGGGUUUCCUGGGCAAGAUCGAGGGGGUCAAGACUGAUUCGGGCAAAGACAAGUACUUUCUCUUUAAACACAUUCACUUCAAUAUCCUUUACAAUGAUGAUCGGGUCAUAGAGAUCAAUGUACAAACGGACCCCAAUAUUAAUUUGGAUAUCUCGGAGGAUAGGAAAUUGGAUGUCGAGUUUUUAUAUUCUGUGACAUGAAAAAAUACUGACAUAUCUUUUGAAGAAAGGAUGGCAAAGUACUCAAGGACAUCCUCUAUGCCUCAAUAUUUAGAGAUUCAUUGGUUCUCAAUUGUUAAUUCAUGUGUGACUGUCCUUCUUCUGACUGGGUUUCUUGCUACGAUUCUCAUGCGUGUGCUCAAAAAUGAUUUUGUAAAAUAUUCUCUCAUUGAGGAGUCUCUUGAAGAUCAAGAGGAUUCUGGAUGGAAAUAUAUCCAUGGAGAUGUCUUCCGAUUUCCAAAGAACAAGUCUUUGUUUUCAGUUAUUAUUGGUUCUGGAACUCAGCUCCUAGUGCUUACAAUGUUCAUCUUCCUUCUUGCACUUGUUGGUGUGUUCUACCCAUACAAUCGGGGAGCCCUUUACACAGCUCUUGUUGUCAUCUAUGCUCUGACUUCCGGUAUCGCUGGUUACACAGCGAGCUCCUUCUAUAUGCAGCUCAAAGGGACUAAUUGGGUGAGGAAUUUGUUGUUGACUGGCUGCUUAUUUUGUGGUCCCUUAUUCUUGACAUUCUUCUUCCUGAACACUGUUGCUAUUACAUAUAGCGCAACUGCAGCUCUGCCAUUUGGAACCAUCCUUGUGAUUCUACUUAUAUGGGCAUUGGUUACUUCCCCUUUGCUCAUAUUGUGUGGGGUUACUGGUAAAAACAGCAAAAUUGAAUUCCAAGCUCCAUGCAGUACCAACAAGUACCCAAGAGAAAUUCCUGAAUUGGCAUGGUAUCGAGGCACCAUACCUCAGAUGGCAAUGGCAGGAUUCCUUCCUUUUAGUGCCAUCUAUGUACAAGUAGAACUCUACUAUAUAUUUGCUAGAGUGUGGGGUCACAACAUAUAUACAAUAUAUAGUAUGCUUUUUAUUGUUUUCAUCAUUCUUAUAAUUGGCACAGCGUUCAUCACUGUUGCAUUGACAUAUUUCCAACUUGCAGCAAAGGAUCAUGGGUGGUGGUGGAGGGUACCGAAGAUGAUGUAGUGAAUUGGCUUCAUGGACAUGGUUUAUGGAAACUAGCGGAAGAACCGUACGAUCCCUUAUGGAUCAAAGGAGGCGGUCAUUGCAACCUAGAGUUAUAUCCAGACUACAUCCGU